AUGACUGAGUGCCUGUUCCGCAUCCUUGUCAGCACCUUAAAAAAAAAAAAUCCUUUUUUUAUUUUUAGUGAACAUGAAAAGAUUAUUUUGUACAAAAAAUAUCUGAAAUUGGAGUCCUCCACACAUGCUUGUAAAAUAAAGUUGCUCUCCUUUGGUGAAAAGCAGUGUGUGUUCAUCAGUAAAGUUGUGGUACAUGUGAGACCAGUUUCAGCAAAUCCUUCAACAAGCUCUCCUGCUCUAGGGUCAAGGAUAGACCUCGAGAGGGUCCAAACCAUCAUGGAGUCCAUGGGGUCAAAGUUAUCACCUGGAGCUCAGCAACUGAUGAGUAUGGUUAGGUUUCAGCAGCAGAAUCGUAUUGCCAUUGGAGAGCAGCUUCAGUCGGUUCUGGGAAAUACCGGAUACAGGUGUAUGGUUGACCUACAUUCAUCAUCUACGUCAGGGGCCUUUGACAAGCCAUCCGCCACACCUUUUCCUUUUAGAACUGGAUUGACAGCUGGAAACGUGACCGAAGACCUAAAAGCUUCCAUUGAUAAAAGCGCACAGCCACCUGGUGAAGGGACUAGUACAAACCUCGAAGAGUGUAACAUUGUGCCACAAAACCAUGCUCUUCUUGAGAAUGAUCUUAAGAAUGUAGUAUCUUCUUUCUUACCGAAGAAAGCAGGUGACAACUCCAGUAUACUGAAGUCUGAGUUGCUGCCCUUUCUCCAGAAUUUGUGUAGUCAAGUUAACCAUCUCCGGGCGGGUCAUAACAGCGAGCAUCUGGAAACUAUCCCCAAGCCCCGUGAAGGCGAUGUUGGUGUUGCAAUGGAGGAGCCACCUGUCUGCUCCUACUUGGAAAAGAUUCUUUCUAAAAAUGUGGAACUGAUGGAAAAGAAACUAAUGGACCACAUCGACCAGCAAAUCUAUAAACUCCAGGAGCACAUAGAUAAUAAGAUCGCUUUAUUAAUGGACUUGCUGCAAAAUCGCAACUCCUCACCCACUGGGAUGCCUCUAAGACAUUAUGACUCCAGAGAGAGACUUUCAAAUGGAGAAAGAUAGGUGCUCAACUUGUACAAUGUACUGCAGAUAUUUAUUACUUAUUUAUUACAAAGCCAAGACCCAAAAGUUCAAAGCAAAUAUUUAAUGUCAUCUGAGGAUCGCCAUCUUACAUAAAGUGACCUCAGUGUUCAUUUUAACUGUACUUGUUAUUGUAAACCCAGUACUGUGCAUUAAGAGUUAACGGGAACGGGUCCUAAAUUAUUUUUGUUUGCAAUAUUUUUCACUUUUAUAAGGAAUUUACAUAUACUACUGUGUUGUUUAAAUUUUUUUCAGGACUUCUAAUACAGUUCAUUAGUGUGUAUUGUAUAUGUGUUUGAAGUACUGUUUUAUUUAUAUAAAGACCUUAUGUUUAAGGGGUAUGGAAAAAAUGCUUAGACUAUUUGAUUUUUUUGUUGUCUUUUUCUUAUGUUGUUUUUGGAAAACUGGGUACAUAAGAUUGCAACCUUUAAUUUCAGAUCACCAAAAUUACAUUUUGUUUAUUUCAAUAAAAAAUUAGAUGUGAUAUUUGCCAUGUGUAAAACUAGUUUACAUUGGAGCCAUGACUUUUAUGUCCUGUCACAUUGUAACUACCGAUAGGAAAGUAAAAGUCAGGAGUGGCCUGUUUAAAAAAAUAAAUUAAAUAAAUAAAUAAAAAGUGCCUGUUUGAUAGGAUUAUUGCUUUAGAUUUAGUGAUUGAUGCAAAAUGAGAGAAGUCAUCUUAUUUUACUUCAAUAACCCAGGAAGUAUAAGGAACUCUCAUUUUCUGAGCUGACAUAGGUUGUCCUUCCCAGAGCCCUUCUGUGGUGUUUACAUGUGACGUGCUGAGGCUCUGCGUGGAAGGAGUAAGGCCUGGAACUCAAUGAGAGAGCUGUUCUCACUGUCAGACUUAAUUUUCAGAAACUAUAACUAUCGUAUAUGUGUUGAUAUAUUUGCAUCUAACAAAUAAAAAUAAAUGCAUCUACUCUGGGAA